AUGCUUUAUGAACCUGAAAAACUUCCACCUACAGAAAAUAUAGCUGUUUGUCAAUUGCACUUACACACCUAUGUAGUAGGUCCAAUGGAUUUUUUUAUAGAUUUUGCAAGACGUGCAGCUCAUGCAUUAAAAAUGCCAUGCUCAGAAAACUUUGAACAUAAAACCCAUAAAAGAUUGUUAGAAAUAAAGGAUGCAAAUAAAGAUGCUAUGCCAAAACAAAUUGCUGAUAUUAAAUAUUUUCUUGAGAUUGCACGUAGAAAAGAUGCAAAAUCUGUUCGUAUUAAGAAAAAUGGUGUAUCAAAGGUAAAAUUUAAGCUUAGAUGUUCAAGAUAUUUGUACACUUUUGUAAUUGAAGAUGUAGAGAAAGCAGAAAAAUUACAAAAAUCUCUUCCACCUGGAUUGGUGGUCAGCGAUAUUAAUACAAGCAAGAAAAAGAAAAGAGAAUAA